UAAGGCUCAUCUUUGCUCGUGUCGUUCACCCUCGCUUUCUGUUUUACUAGUUCCGUCGAAAUGCGUUCCGUCGUCGUCCAUCUGUUGUCGUUCGUUUUCGUUCUUGUUCCCCCUCGUCACCCCUAUUGGUCGUUCAUCAUCGUUCUUCUGGUUGACAAAGCAGCCUACUUACUUCACAUCAGAUUCGAUCCCACUAACUACGCUUAACCGUAAACUUUAUUUUCCCUCAACAACAGUCAACCCACGACCUACACGUCUGUUUCAUUCACCACCUAUAGCUCCUCCUUCUACGAGUGCAGCAGCAACCCUGCGCGUACUCAUCUUCUCUCACCUAUAGAACAAGCAGCAUCAAAAAAUGGCGUCCACCACCUUCCUGAGUUCGUACGCCGUGGCGACGCUUGCCGACGCCGAGCGUAUCAAAAGCAAAAAUGUCUGGGUCUGGAAGGUUGCAACUUGUGAUGCUGUUUUUGGAUUCCAAAAAAAUCUGUAUUGCAUGACCAGCGAGAGGCGUCCAGUUUGUGCUACGCAGGGACGGCAUUUCUCCUGCGGAAUAGGCAUCAGGAAGCCCUCUAGAAAUCUGUGAUGCCAGGGCCUGCAUUACAGACCUCAUGGGUCACGCAAAAUAUGCAUGACAAACACGGCGAUCUGCCAGACCCAGACAUAUUUGCAUUUGAUAGAGCGGCUGGCGGAGCGACUGGCCGACAAAGAGGAGUCGAGAAAGCUUGGGACGAACAAGCACACGAACGGCUCCGAUGCCGAAUCCGUCUCCACCCAAUCCGUGCUGUCCACCGACAAGGGCGCCAGCUCAUCCGCCGCGUCGAGCAGUGGCAAUGAGCGCGGCGGUGCUGUUUAUUCAGGUAGAACUUCCACAUCAAUGCGGAAGAACACCAGUGCAGCUGCUCCCACAGUGACGUCUUCGCAACUACAGCAGAUGACGAACAAGGGGCCGAACAGUAGGGCCACGCCGGGCACCAGUACUGGUACUUCUAUAGUACAACGCGGAACAGGUCCUCCUGCUGGGCAGCAGACUGGUGUGGAGAACAAAACGACUACCAGUGAAAGCGAAAAAACGAGUAACGAGGUGGUGGAGAACAGUUCUGAUGUGGGAGGAACGAAUCCGAAUGAAGAUGAGAGCAAUAAGCCUCGCAUUUCGAUGACAGGUCUACCAGUGCAGCAGAUUGAACGGGCGCUCGAGCACCGGGCGGCGCUGCUAGCCAGCAUGCACGCGGGAAUCGAUCACGAUGACGAGUUAGGGAUUGAAAGUAUGUACUAGUCUGGGCCUGGAAAACUGCGAGGUUAUUCUGAAGAUGCCAGCUCGUCCCUCAGGACGAUGACGACAGAGAAAUCUGUAUUGCAUGAGCGACAAACAAGCUAAGUAAGUACCUAUUGCAUUCCUGCAGACCUCCUAGAUCAUGCACAAGCAAGCUGCAUGACGAUAAACCAUUUUAAUGUUCUUUCAGAGCACCAGACAUAUUUGCAAUUGAUACGAGUCACAGUAUGAGCACGGCGCCGCGGAGGAACGGCCGGCCACCGGUUGGGAAUUCAAGCGUUUAAGUGAGUACAGGGCCGGAGAGAUUGAGACGGAAUUUGUCAACCGGGUCAUUGACGGCGACCUGCUCUGGGUGCUGGACUGCUGCUAUGCUGGAAAAAAAUAUCCAACUUGUACUUAGUGUGUCGCUCCUCUUGGUGGCGUGGACUCGUUGUUCUUACAGCGUCUUCACGACGUGAUGAGAUGAAGACUCGUCUUGUCUUCAACAUGCAUCGGUACUAGUAAUAUGAAUCAUUCUGCGACAGCGACCAAUAUUAAUCGUUCUCUAUAUGAAAAGUGCUAUGCGCGAACGGUUAGGGUAGCGCUAUCAUUGGUGUGGCUUGGUAUGACAAGUUGUGACACAUUUUUUUUCUUGGAUAGCAGCGAGCGCGUGGGGGGGAAGCCGAUCAUCUGGAGCAAGUGGGGUGGGAAGUGCACUCGGAUGUGUAUCACACAGAAAAAAGCUAGCGUAUCACAUGUGAAAACAAAUGCACAGGCAUCGAUGUACUAGGGUGCUUGAGUCGGGUUUUAUGCAAGACAGAUUGUUUUUGCAUAUACAAAUGUGCUAGCUUUUUUCUCUGCGAUACUGUGCCUGCUGUACGCCCUGAAGAACCGCGACGAACUGAUGACAAGACUCUUGCUCCACUUCGGGGGCAACGAUUUGUUGCACGUCUGCGAUUUUAAGCGGCGCAACGCCUACCACUUUGCGGAGAAAAUGGACCUCGAUAUGGUCGCCCUGCUGAAGGGCAUCGAGGGAGCCCGCGUCGAUUGCUGGCGCCAGGUGAAGCGCUCCGAGGCCUUCCGCAUAAGGGCGCAGCUGUAAUGAAGGGAAAGUUAUACAUAGUUGUAACUACGCAGCUGCAAGAGCAAGUACAGGGCAGCUGGUGCAAUUAAAAGUAAAACCAAGAUGCUUGGGUGAGAGUGCAAGCCUGGAAACAAGAAGAAGAUCCUUUCUUCAGCAAUAAUUUUUGAGCACGCCCAACCUGGAGUGCAACCGCAAGGCAUUUUCUUUUGCAUACACAUAAACAUUUACGAUUCCGGUGUGGUUUGAAAUUCACCCAUCGUGGUCACGUUAUUGCAGGAAAUACUACCAAAACUUAAAAAUACUUGCACGCAAGGGACACGGUGCGACAACUAACUUUCUUUCUGAUGUGGUGCCGUGAUAUAUCAUGACGGAGUCGUAUUUUGGUUCCAAAAAUUCUUAUUUGUUGUAACCUACACUACUAACAAUUCAUCUUUUCCCGACAAGUUUUCCGUUCCGAAAGGUGGCCAUCACCAAAAGAAUCCCGUGUAGCCCACGUGACUUUGUGGUGGACGUCAAUCUUU